GACUCGUUCACGAACGACAGUUCACUAGUCCACACACACACACACAUACACGACCUAGCGUUAGCAACAAGACCGAGAGCAGCAUCACGGAGUGUAAAAACGUUUCCAGAAGGAAAGCUACCAACAUCUUCACGGUGCACAGGUGUCGGCGUGGUCCAGGUGAGCCGAGAUGUUGAAUCCGACCAACGGAGACCCGAGCCACGUCGUCGUGAACUAUGUGGAGGAGUAUUUGGACCUGGUGGAGUCGCUGCCUUUCGAUCUGCAGAGGAGCGUGUCCCUCAUGAAGGAAAUCGACGCCAAGUAUCAAGAUGUUCUGAAGGAGCUCGACGACGCUUACGAACGCUAUCGCCGGGAGUCCGACUCCCUUCAGAGGAGGAAGCUUCAGUUAUCCAUUCAGAGGGCGCUUAUUCGCAGUCAAGAGCUCGGAGAUGAGAAGAUCCAGAUUGCUGGUCAAAUGGUGGAGUUGGUGGAGAACCGAACACGACAAAUCGACUGGCACUCUGAACUUCUCCUCUCCUCUCAAGAAGUCCCAGAGAGCCACAUUCCCACGACAACAUCCAUGACAACCACCGCAGCCUCCAUGAUGUCGUCCUCAUCAGCCGCCAUCACGCCGGGCAAAACCAGCCACCACGACAAGAAGCGCGACGAGGUCACCCCCGGCUCGGGCGGCGGAGACAAGGCCGGAGGGAAACGCUCGAGGCGUCAGAAAAACGGAGAAAACCGCGAAAGUUACGGAGGCCUGGAUCACGCCGAGGAAGUCGGUCUGGGGGCGUCCCGGGAAAAGAGAGCCAAAACAUCGUCGAAGAAGAAGAAGAGGUCAAAAGGAAAGUCCGAGAGAGAAGUGUCGCCUCCGGACCUGCCCAUCGAUCCAGACGAGCCGACGUACUGCCUGUGCGAGCAGGUGUCCUACGGCGAGAUGAUCGGCUGCGAUAACGACGAAUGUCCCAUCGAGUGGUUUCACUUCUCCUGCGUCGGCCUCCAUCACAAGCCCAAGGGCAAGUGGUACUGCCCCAAGUGUAGGGGGGAGAAUGAGAAGACCAUGGACAAGGCCUUAGAGAGGGCCAAGAAGGAGAGGGCGUACAACAGGUAGCUCGCUCUGUCCGGGCCCCCAUGAACACUGUUAUGUUUAAAACAAGAAAAAAAAAAAAACAAGUUUUAUGUCUCGUCUUUGUUUCCAUUUACUGUCAACACUGUUUUAAAAAGUAAGUCACCCAGAGCGGUCUUUGUAAAUAGUUAUUUUUGUAACUGCUGCAUAGCUGAGAAACCAGAUCGCUCCCCUCCUGGUCGGGAUCAUUGUAAAGACGAUGUGCAUGUAACCAGCUGUCCUGCACUCACAUCCCGUCUGUUUUCAUCAUGCAUGCAAACGCCACUCACUCCAUCACACCCAUACGCCCAAUUAACAAAUAAAACAUUUGUAAACAAA